ACCUUACUUAUUCUGUGUGUUCCUUUGACCUAGUCUUUCUAUUGUUACCACAUUGUGUGAUUUUUAAGUCCAAUUUAAUUGUUAUUUCUAUUGUUGUUAUUACUUUUUUUAUUUUUGACGUACCGCCGGCGGUUUUUUUUAAUCAAAGAUAUUCAAGACUUCAUCGCCAAAGCGACAGCUUCUCACUAGGUGGUGAAUAAACUGUCAUAUAAGUUUUCUACUACUUAGUAGUUCAAAAAGACGAUUUUUUUAUAUACUAACUUUUUACUCAUUAGUUUUUCGUCUCGAAAAGUAUAGGUUUUAUAUUUUUGUGUUUUUUGUCCGUAUUCGUAUUGGUUCUGCUCGCUUUGGGCGUUUCCAAGAUGGCGAAGACCAAAGCCUCUAAAAGGUCUAAAGGCCGUUUGACUCCUACUAGCUUUCAAAAUCAACAAAAUUUCAUUAAUAAUAAUGUUAGUAUGAUUGUACCGAGUACUAGAAAGCGUCAACAGAAGCCCCGAGUUAAAAGGGUAUCUUGGAGAGAUGAGCAGAUCCAAAGUAUGAGUGUCAGCGUUAUAGACCCUGCAAUUUUAUGUUGUAGAGAAAGAACAAAGUUGUCUUACACCAGAGAUCAACUUUUUCUUCUGUCCAAAAGUCCAUUAUCCAAAGUCAAGCCUGACUUUUGGGAUCUUAAUGAAGUUUCUCCAUCCAUUUUGGACCCGGAAAAAUGGAAUCUAGAGAGGAAGAAAUCUGAGAUUCUGGAGGCUGGACCAAAAGGCAACGAGAAUGGCGAUCGGAGACGUUCUGGAGAUCCAAGAGAACGAAUUCGUAAAGAAAAUGACGGCAUCGUGCUUAGCCCUCAGCGAAGAAGCUUUAACACUGGCUGCUUUGUGCCUGCCAAUAAGGAACCACUGGUCUCUGCAAAGGGGGAUGCUGCACCUCAUAUCAUGGGCGUGCGUGAAAUCGGCUCUUCAACUCGCCGCAUCGGCAGCGGUCGAAUCAUCCGCGAGGUCUGGGAUAACGAAAAAGAACUGAUUGAACCAGAGCUAAAGCCGGAGUACAGUUUUGGAAGGGCUGGAUCUCAGGUUAGAAACAACGAUCGUGAUGACAAGUAUGACAGAGGCGACAAAUAUGAUCGAGGUGAUAGAGGUACGCGCGAAGAUGUCAACAAGUUUGAAAGAAGAUCUUAUGGAAGAGACUACCGCGAGGAUGACCGUAACAUCGUUAAAGAAGGAAGGAGAAAUGCGAGAUACAGUGAAAGUAGGAGAAGAUCUGAAAACAAAGAGGAUGAACCGGAAUGGUUUUCCUGUGGACCGAUAUCCCAAAAUGAUACGAUCGAGCUUCGAGGAUUUGAUGAGCCUGAAAAGCUUGGGAAAAAGAAGCCAAUGCAAAGCCGCAUUAAACGUCGUGAAUUUCCGAAAAGGAAGGAAGAUAUUGUCGAAGAAAAGGAAAAACAGGAAAGUGAUUCCAAAGCAAGAUCUACUCCAAAACCAAUUGAGUCCAAGGAUGUCAAAUCUGAACCCAAAGAUACGAGCGAUGCCGCGCACAACACAGAAUUGGGUGAUCAAGCCGUUAAAAAAAGAUCCGAACCUGAUGCUUUACAGUCAAAUACACAGAGUGGAAACAUGUUUGAUUUCGAUGAGUUUUUGAAGGGCGAAAACAUUCCAGGAUUGUUACCAAACGGCGCGAGUGAGGAAAGUGAGAAAUCUAAAUCACGAUUUAGUCGUUGGUUCAAGAAGGAUAGUCCCAAAAAGGAAAGCGACAGCCGUAGAUCCUCCAUUCAAGAGGAUAAUCAUAUCAUUAAAGAUCUUCUGAAAGAUAUCAACGAAUCCAGUUCAGUACCAGUGACUAUCCAUCCACCGAUGGACUCUAACACAUAUUUUGCUCCGAUAUCUCCAGCCGGCAACACCCAAUCCGGAAACGGCGGUCGCGAUAUAAGAGAAAAGACCCAGCAACACAUGAUGGGUAGGCCCAUUAAUAUUAUGGAGAUGUUGGGUGCUGGCAACCAACAACAUCAGCCACAGCAACCAUCUCAGGGAGGCUGGGCACUGAAACACCAGGGACCAUCUGUUGGUACUGGUAAAAUCAUGAGUUUGGACGAAAUUGAAGGGAAAAUAAGACAGACUUCCGAUCAUUCCUCUAGCAUGCCUCAGAAACCUCCUCAGCAGAAGCCAAAUGAAGAGAUGAGUGCCGCCUUUAAAAAACUGGUAAGCUUACAGCAAGCUGGUGUUCACUCAUCUCAGAACGGCCCUGUUGGUAAAGCGUCGGGACCGCCUAUGAGUCUUCUCGAAAUGCUUAAUCAUUCCCAGCAACAAGAUGAAGCUCGCUUCGCUGCGGCCCAAGCUGCAGUUGCUAAUCAACAGAUGCUGAAUGUUAUGCAUGCUCAGCAACAGCCGCCUAUUAACGAUCUCACUUUAAAACUACAACAAGCUCAGCUGCAGCAUAAACAAAUGGAUAUGCUCGGUAAGCUUAUGUCCGGUAAUGUUGCUGCGUCCGCCCACAUGCGGGGCAGUCCACUAAUGGAUAUGGGUACCCAGCAGAGUAGAGAGCUGUUAAAUCGACCCGAGGCCCAAGCUAUUUUACAGGGCCUCAAACGCGGCGAAAUAACCAUCCAACACCUAUACCAGCAGUUGGCCAAUCCUGCCUUGCAGCCUCGUCAUCGUGACAUGUUAUUCAGUAUUCUUAAAUUGCACGGAAAUAGUGGUAAUUCUUCCAGCUAUGGCCCAAGUCCCAGGGUUUUAAGUCCGGUACCAUUGUCGGCUCAUCACUUGUAUCCUCCGCAGCAACAAGCGCAGAUACAACAGCAACAGUUGCGUGUCUCACCUUUACCGCCGAAUGCUAUGCACCAGCGCAUUCCAUCUCCACGCGAACUUCAUGUCCACACUCACAAUAUUCUACAGAGAGCCAUGAUUAAAAAACGCCUUGAGGAACAGACUGAAAAUUUUCGCAAGAAGGAAAUGCAAAGGGUAGCUAGUCCCAACCCAGCAGGAACAUCAUCUCCCGGUGGAAUCGGAACUUCUGGUCUUUCUGUAAGCCAACAGAGUGGAAGCAAAGGUGUAUCGUCUCCAACACCACUCGCCUUCACACCCACCUCGGUUUUGAGAAAGAUGACAGCCGACAAGGAUGAAGGCAAAGAAAAUAAAGCUGUUGGUGAUAAUACAUUAAAACAAGGGCGCGCUCUUACAGGAACUCGUCCACCAUCUCAAGCUAACAGUCAACAAUGGAACCAAGGCUAUCCAAUGAAGCAAGUGGGACGUCCAAUAGUUAAAGCAAAUAAUUACCAAUCGCAGACCCCUGAUCAGUUCUUUGCGCAGCUGGCUGCCCAGCAGCAGCCAAUGCCGCAACAACGCACUUAUCAAGCCGUCCCCAAUGCGCCACACCGCAAACCCAUCAUUGGGCAGCAGUAUCCUUCUCAAGGUUCUCAAUACGGUCCUACCCAAAAUCAAUUUCCUCAUCCUAAUCCUCAGUCCUCUUUUCCUCAGCCAACCGCUCAGCAGCUGAGGGCACAGCACCAGCACAGACCAAGCAACAACAGUGCAACGGCGCCGUCUCAACCGAGCCAACCGCAGGCAAUCAAUCAGGGACCGGCAAGUCAGCAGCAGAACCCGGAGACCUACCAGCAGGCGCCACCGCAGGGGAACGUUGCCUGGCAGCAAUUUCUUAAUUCCGCUGCCCAACAACAAAACAGCCGCCCAAUGUCAUCCAGACCCAGUCAACAACAGCAGUCGGGAGGUGUAAUUUCGCCUUCCACAGCGGAUCAGCUGACCCGCUGGUUCUCUCCUGAUCUCUUAGAACGCGCUCGUGGUGGUGAACUUCCAAGCACGGCCAACCUGGCUCGUCUGGAGGAAAUCGAACGAAAGGCGGCACCGCCAGUGCAUAACUAAGUUUUUUGUUUGUUAUAGCAGUGGUGACACCUUAUUAGUAAGGAAACGAGAAGUAUCCGGUCUAAUCUCUCCACACAAAAACAUUAAUUUAUAUCUUGUCAUCAUCUAAAAGACAUACGUACUAAGGUGUAAUAAAAAUUAAGUAAAUAUAUACAACUGAGGUAGGUAAAUCUGUCAAUUUAUUAUGUACUAUGGUUAAUCUUAUAAAAUAAAACAUUUUUUUUUCUGUGAAGUCGACCAGAUACAUUGCGUAGCAUUUCUGUAUAUAGGCUUCGUGGAAAUGAUUUCCAAUGUGAUAGUGUUUGUUAAAAUAUUAUAUUGUCGACUACGCCGAGCGGUAUUUUGUAUAAACUUCAGUUCAGAAAUGGUUACAUUAUAUUAUUUGCGAUUAUUACUAGUAAAAUUUAUUGCCUGAAUAUUUUUGUAAAGAUUAUUGGCAAGAUUUUAUAAGAUCCCUAAAUUAAGUUGUAAAUAAACUAUAAUAAUCACAGUAGUAUGAAGGCUAAUAUGGCUCUUUUGUUGACUUAAAAAUAAAAUAGGUUGUUCAUUUUGAUACCGCUUUCAUUUAUUAUGCUUUUUAAUUAAAAAAAAGUAAAAAAGUAAAAUCUUGUUAUAUAUUGUUUUAAACAGUCGAUGAUUUGUUCUUUUAGUCAGUGCAGGAAUGAAAAAGUAUAUUAUAACACAAACAUAUCCAUAUUCAGUUCCUAAUCUUAUUUUAUACAUUUACGGUAUUUACCUAUUGGGAAUUUAAAAAUCACGUAGUUUUAAUAUACUUUUUCUUUAAAUUUGACUUGUAAUGAUCCAAAAAUCACGUAGAUUAAAUAUAUUUGAGUACAUCGUUUUUUUAUCGAGUCCUCGUCAAAAUUUUCUUGGGUUUUAAAUUUUAGAAAUACAUUUUAUGUUGGAUAAGAAUAGUACAUUUUUAUUUUGGUUUGGUGUUAGAAUUUAUGAUUUUCAUUUUGUUGUUAAUCUGUAAACAAAUGAUGUAACCGUUUUCUAAUGUAUAUUGUGUGGUGUAAAAAUUAUAAUGGUUGGGUGGUUAACUGGCCUUAUAAGUCGUAAAUAAAUUUUUUAGUGGGUUGCGCACGGAUGGGCAUGUCCUAAUACAUUUACUUGAAAACGCAACUAAGAACAAAUAAAGUUUGUGCAAAAUAAUGUGGCGUCAAAAGUCUUUUUAGUUGUGUUUAUGUAUGACCGCGUAUGUACGCCUAUAUGUGCAACCUUUUAAUAGCAGAGGAAAUCUUCAAAAUUGCCAUGGGUAAAAAGUGUUAGGUAAUACAAAUAGGAUAAAGCUUUUAGAAAAAUAAGAUUAACGUCUAUGUUGGAUAGAUGAAAUCAAGUGUGGUAAUAGGUUAAGUAAAAAAGUUAUAGAUACUGUAUCGUUUAGUUGAAAAGUCAAUGGUUAAUUUUGGUAUAAUGUAAUACAAUUAAAAAAUGUACAUGAAGUUACCACUUCUAAAAACUGUUACGUGUUAUUUCAUUAUUUUUUUAAAUUUCUGUAUUUAAUAAAUACUAUGUUCUGCUCUAUGGAAAGAAAGUCUGACACUUCUGUACAAAACAAAAAUGCGUUUUUUGAAAGAGUAGGAUAUAAGUACUAACCACGGGAGGAAAUAAAGCAUGCAUAGAUUGCAAAUUUGUUCGGCUUCGACUUGGGUGGCAUUAUAUACCAUCUUGAUUACUCUAUUUUUCCCCCUAGGUUAGGUUAGAAAUCCUCUAUAUGAGAUGUCUAAUAACCAUAAUAUUGAAGAUUGCUUAUUUAUAUAUAAUAUGGUUAUAUAUGGCAAAAAGCACUUUACGAUUAUAUAUUUCAUUUACAUUUGCAUUACUAAUAAUUUUAAAAAAUAUUGGUAAUGUUGAAGAAACCUAUUUUACCUAACACUUUACUUACUAUUGUACUGACUAAAAAAUAUCAAAUUGAACUAAUUUUCCUAUAUAUUUUGAGAGUUUUAUUUAAGGGUAUUUAAAAAAUCUAUUCUGGUGGUUCUACUUUGAUUCGGCGCGACAUAAACGCUGAUUAAAUAGACAUUAUGUCAACUGUUUCUAACUUUAUUCAUGUAACAUUAAAUAAAACACCUCUACUACUAUUACUGAAAUUAGCUGUGAACUUGGCUCUUAAGGAGGUGAAAAUGAACUGGCCUAUUAACGUUAUGUUCCUGUUACUAACUCUAAACAAGUAUUCUUUAAUCUGCAAACAUUUUAUUUUAUACAUUUUCUCUUGUUACAUUCCCAUUAAGAGACGCAAAUAUGACAUGUUAUAAAAUAGCACUGCUAUAUUUUUCGUGUCAAAAAAAACUUAAUAAACUCUUAAUUUAAAUGAAAAAUGACUACAUAUUUUUUUUGUAUAGAUGGCAAGUAAACAAAAUGAAUAGGCCAAGACAAAACCCAUACGUUUUUAUAUGCUUAUCUAUUUUUUUUUUUUUUUUUUUACUUAAGGAAUCUCGAAUAUAGAAGUUGUCACUUGGCUGCGAUAGUAUGAAACCUUUAAAACUAUUACAUGGAAAUUAAUUUGUAAUUUAUAAGGAUUCCAGCUCUGCCAAGGAUUAUGUAAAGAUUCUGUAUGGAACGAUUGUAUAAAUAAAUGAGAUAGUCAUGAUACUUAUUGACAUAUUGUUUGAAAUUUGAAUAAAGUCCAAGAAAAAUA